GGAGGAGGAGGAUGUGAGACUGCGUUCGAGAAAUGAGAGAAAGCAGCCCUUCUGGGCCACUCGCUCAGUGCACAGUGCAGCCUCGCCUGGGCCCGGUCAGGAGCCCCCGGAGCAGAGCGGGACGUGGGGCCGCAGAGGGGCCGGACCAGGACCGCGCAGACAUGCUCUCUCCUCGGACACAUCGGACACAUCGGAGUGCUCCGUGGGUCUUGGAGCUGUGGGUGUGGACAGCGCUCUGCUGGGAUUUCUCUGCCUACCAUGGGACCGACGGCUGGACUUACCAUUAUUCCGAAAAACCCAUGAACUGGGCGAGCGCUCGGAGGUUCUGCCAACAAAACUACACCGAUCUGGUUGCCAUACAGAACAAGGGGGAGAUUGAGUACCUGAACAGGACGCUGCCCUUCAGCCGCACCUACUACUGGAUCGGGAUCCGGAAGGUGGCAGGCGUGUGGACCUGGGUGGGGACCAACAAGUCCCUCACGGCCGAAGCCGAGAACUGGGGCGUCGGGGAGCCCAACAACAAGAAGUCGAAAGAGGACUGCGUGGAGAUGUACAUCAAGAGGAGCAAGGACGCGGGCAAGUGGAACGACGACGCCUGCCACAAGCCCAAGGCCGCCCUGUGCUACACAGCUUCGUGCCAGCCCUGGUCAUGCAGCGGCCACGGCGAAUGCGUGGAAACCAUCAACAACCACACCUGCAGCUGUGACCCGGGCCAUUAUGGGCCCCAGUGCCAGUUCGUGAUGCAGUGUGCGCCUCUGGAGGGCCCCGAGCUGGGCGCCAUGGCCUGCAGCCACCCGCUGGGAGACUUCAGCUACAGCUCUCGGUGUGCCUUCAACUGCUCCGAGGGAACAGAGCUCACCGGGACGGAGGAAACCACCUGCGGGCCCUUUGGGAACUGGUCAUCUCCGGUGCCCACCUGCCGAGUGAUUCAGUGUGAUGCUCUAACAGCACCUGAUUUGGGGACCAUGGACUGCCAUCACCCCCUGGGCAACUUCAGCUUUAACUCCAUGUGCACCUUCAACUGCUCAGAAGGAACUGAGCUCAUCGGGAAGACGAGAACUGUCUGUGAAUCAUCUGGAAUGUGGUCCAGCCCUCCUGUAGUAUGCCAGAAAUUGGACAGGAGCUUCUCCAUGAUCAAGGAAGGCAACUACAACCCCCUCUUCAUCCCACUGGCAGUCAUGGUUACGGCAUUCCUGGGGUUGGCCUUUAUCAUCUGGCUGGCGAGGCGAUUAAAAAAAGGCAAAAAGUCUGAGAGAAGCAUGGACGAUCCGUACUAAAUCACGCCCCGGGACAGAAAGCUCUCUCGAGAUCCUAGCCCAUCCCUGGAUCCUUCCAGCCCUCCGUCGUUGAGAGGACAUGUGUCUCGCUCAGUACAUCUGGAAAGAUGCUCCAGGGCCAGCAGCUUCUUCUGCCCCCGUCCCCUCCCCCCCCCCCACCCGCGCUGUGGUCUGUGUAGCUCAGUGUGUACCUCUUCCCCGUGGAGGAACGAGACCCCAGGGAAAGGACUGCUGUGGAACAUAAAGACUCUGGUGUCGCGCUCUUUCUUGA